ACCGGAAGUUGAGUUGCUGCUUGGUAAUUUUAGGUGAGCAGCAUCUUGAAGCGGCGCAGAGAAGAAAUAGCAGAUAUUUGUCUGCAGUUAUUGAUACAGUAUAAUAAUACCGAUCAACAGCAGCAGGAUGAACAGCGCAGCGUAUCCCCCUCCCACCGCACCUCCGGCCAACAUGUUUGGCACCGUGCCCGGCUAUGAAGGCAUGGCAGCAGGAGGAGGAGGUUACCUGCCCCCUCCUAUACCCCUUCAGCCUGUGGCCCCGCCCCAGCCCAGCCCCGAACCGGAGGAGUGGAGCAUCCCAUCUCUGUCAGAGGAUGAUGCCCGUGAUGCAUUCAAGGACUAUGUGUCAUCUCACUGCUGUUACAAUAAAAGUCCUGCCAACGAUGGAGUCAUCACCAAAAUGGAGCCUUACGACACGUACAGGUAUCGACUGGAGACGUAUACUGAGUCCAGGUCAACUGAGUGGGCCACCAAACCUCAUGAAGGUGAGCCGGCUGACUUCUACACUCAGACAGCUCCCCGGCCCUGGGAGGUCCCGGCCACGGCCCCGAAUCUCUUCACCAAUCACAUGGAGGAGAUCCGCGUGCCCUACACCUCCUCCGUCAAGGACUGCAACAGCUGCCAUUCCAGAGGGACGAUGCCGUGUGAUGAGUGCCAUGGAGAUGGAUCUAAAGCCUGCUGGGUGUGUAACGGCUCUGGGAAGAGAGGCGAGGAGAGCUGCUCUCACUGUGAUGCUUCAGGCAAAGAAAGGUCCUGAAGAGGGGUGUGUCAAGUGCGAUUCAAGGGGGACGAAGGAGUGUGAAACCUGUAAAGGAAAAGGACAACUGCUGUCCUACAUCCAGCUCAAAGUGGAGUGGACUAACAAUGUAGAGGAUCAUGUGGUGCGGCAGGACUCUGGUCUGGAGGCAGAUGAUCUUCGUUCAGUGAGCGGGAAGGAGCUCUUUAAGAACAGCCAGUAUUUGCUCUAUCCGUUGCUCGGCUUCCCAAACCCAGCCAUCUCUGAGGCCUCUGAGCGAAUGAUCCGAGAUCACCAAAGCAAGUACGCUCAGAACUCCAGGAUCCUGCAGCAGAGGCAGACAGUGGAGUUGAUCCCCAUCACUAAGGUGAAGUACAAGUGGAAAAGUGACUCUCACAAGUACUACGUCUACGGCAACGAGCGUAAGGUGGACUGCGACAAAUACCCUGCAACCUGCUGCUGUGUCAUUCAGUAAAGAGAGAUGCACACACACACACACACACACACACACUCUUUUGUAUUGAAAAAUUGUUCUACAUUUGAACCACACAUUAGUAUCAUUUUUUUGUGUCUGUGUGGACGAACCUGACAACUUACCAAAGGCAUUUUGUUCAACUUUUAGUAUAACGUCUACUUCAAACACAUUUGGUGUCCUCAGUAUAACAUUGAAAGCUUAUAAUGUUUCAACUCAAAACCGUUUUUUUUUCCUGAACACUGAAACCAUGAAGGCUUUAUUAUAUUUACAUGUGUGGGAUUUGUGUACUAAACACAAAAAGUUUAUUUUAACAACAGCAGAAGCGGGCUCACCUGGUCUCUACUUCUCUUUUUCUACCUGCGGGUUAAUGUUUCAUGAAAGUCUAAAUGUGUUUAAAUCAAAAUGUAUCUGCAUGUGCUCAUUGAAUAUUUGGGGUUGGAUGCUUUGUAAUAAACUUGUAGUGUAUGCUGAUUAGUUUAGAGCUAGCAUGGUGUUAUGUUUACAGCUGUCUCUUUUUUGUUUUUUAACUGUCUUACACCAGAGCUCCUGCAGAGGGUGCUAAUGGAUGUAUCUGUAACAAAUAGGACAAAGACACGUUUUAAAGCUGCAACCAAGGAUAUGCAAAACACUGGAAUUCCUUACAUGAACACUUGAGGCUGGGAGCAAUCUCAAUAGAACACCAUGCUAAAUUGCUAAACUUUACAGCAGUAGAAAUUAAAAAAAAACGUUUUGGUCUCCAGCUAAUUUCCCCAUUCAUGAUAACUGUACAUCAUCAAUUUGAAGUAUAUUAGGGCAUAAAAUGACAGAUUAUAGUGAAUAAUUGAUGUUGUAUUGUUGUACCGGUUAGUAUCGCAUGGGGUCCUUUGACAAAAAACAAUAUGAUUUUGUUCAGCAGGAUAAUCUACACAUAUUAACACCACUUUUUGAAUCAUGAGUACAAUCCUAAGAAUUAAAAGCUGACAUUAGACUAUAAAUGAACUACAACACUGUCCUAUGACUUCACGUCACCAAUACAAAGCUAAAGGCAGACUUGUGAUCGCUGUGAUGACAUUUAGUAGUCUCAUUUAUUUUAGAAACCACUGUUUUUAUGGCGCAUAGAAGCUUCUGACAUUCACCUCUGUCGUAUUUACUGACUAACCAAAAACACAUUCAGAAAUGCCUAAAGAGGAGGGAACCAGAAGCAGGAAAAAACGCUCACUCAUUUUAGGAAUCCUAGAUUUCGGCGCCACUCUUAGGUGUGUGGAUGCUUUGAGUGACAGGUGGGUGCUAUCUCAGGUCACUCACUGCUGGCUGUCCACUGUGCUGUGUUACCAUGGCCGCCUUGUGCCUAGUUUUAGAUUAGCCUGGCAGUUAGGAGUUGGUGUAACCGCCAAAAUGGCUACCUCAGAAACCAGUUGGUGAAGUUGCAGGGACUACGUCUAUUUUUUAUGCAGUCUGGUUUUAAUCUCGAUCUAUAUUGUUUAAAUAUAUGUUAAUUUACUAAAUAUAAUCAUUGCAUUUUAUAAUAUCCAUGUUGCUUAUUGUUUAUCUUUAAGGAUUUAAGUUUUACUCCUAUUCAAUAGAAAAAUACUUCAGCAGUCGACUGUUAAUUUCAUGAACAAAAUCUUAAUGUGACUUGCCAUUCAUUUUUCUCAAACUAAAAUGCUAGUGUAAAGUGAAACUUUUUAUUGUCUGUAAUGUUAAUGCCUUUAACAUUACUGUGACUAACACACGUCUGCUACUAACCUGAUCGAUCUGAUAGUUAUUACUCUUGUUAGUACUCAGUAAUACUCUGUUAUGGUAUAUUACUAAUUGUCGGUGACUGUUAAAGCUGAAAAUAAACUCUGAGAAUCA